AAGGGAUGAGUAAAAAAACCUCGGAAGCUCCGAAAAAUGUUCCCGCUGUCAAAUUCCCAUCUCUCGAUGAUGGCUAUUUUGAAGUCGGGGCAAUUCAUAACAAGAGGGUCCACAAGGGUAAGGUGGAGUAUUUUGUCCAAUGGUCCGGAUGGGAUGAGACAGCAAAUACUUGGGAGCCUGGAGAAAAUUUAGUUUGCGUUGCUAAUGUUGAAGCUUUUGAGAAGAGCUUGAGAGCAGCAAAGCAUCGAAAGCGCAGACGCAUGCAUGGUGACGGAAGCAGUCUUGGAAAAGGCAAACAUGCUAAUAAUGAUAGGUCUGCAAAUGUUACAGAAGACAACAGGUCUGCAAAUGUUUCAAAGGAGGAUUCUGAUGAUGAAUUAUUUGUGAAUUAUUCAGAAGAGGAAUCUGAAGAGGAGAGUGAUGAAGAGAGGUCUGUGAAUGUUUCAGAAGAGCAUAAAAUGUAAGGUGAUAGGAGGGCUGGAAGUGGGGUCUUAUGUGACUAAUUAUGACUUGUCUUGGAUGUCAUGGUUCUGAAACUUCAGAUUUAAGUUUGCUUUAAUAAUGUUAAUAUUUAAUAGUUAUUUUUCAUGGGGGCAUAUCUAGUCAGAAGCCAUUGUCAAUCAUUAAUAAAUGGCGUAGAUCAGAGUACCAAAAUCAAAAUAUCACAUGCCUUUUCCUCUAUGAUGUUCAUCUCCAAAAUUUCUCA